GGUGAAUUAGAGAAGAGCUGUAAACGAUGGCUAUGGCGCUGAGGUGCUUCCGCCACCUGCCUUCCCUGCUUUAUCGCCCUUCGUUCGCAGUGGUGCGGGGGCUGCCGCAGGCUCCUGCAGGCUGCCUGGCCCUGCUCCUGGAUGGCUGCAGGCAGCGUGUCCAUCGGACGCUGCUGAGCAGACAGCUAGCUACCAAAAAAGCUAAAGGUAAAGGGCAGAGUCAAGCCAGAGUGAAUAUCAGUGCCGCCCUAGUUGAGGAUAUUAUCAAUUUGGAGGAAACCAAUGAAGACAUGCAGGCAGUGGUGGAAGCUCUGAAAGAAGAUUUCAGCAGAAAUCUCAGUGUUAGAACCUCACCAGGGGCCCUUGAUCACAUAAUCGUGAUGACAAAAGAUGGGAAGUUUCCGCUGAACCAGCUGGCGCAGAUCUCGCAGAAGUCACCGCAGCUUAUUAUAGUCAACAUGACCAGUUUUCCAGAGAGCACAGCUGCAGCUACGAAGGCUAUAAGGGAGAGUGGCAUGAACCUGAACCCAGAAGUGGAUGGGACAAUAAUCCGGGUGCCAAUUCCUAAGGUAACGAGGGAGCACAGGGAGAGCCUGGCCAAGCUUGCCAAGCAGUCCACCAACAAGUCCAAAGAGGCCCUGAGAAAGGUGCGAAGCAAAAGCGUCAACCAGGUGAAGAAGUUCAAGAACAAAGUGUCUGAAGAUACCCUCUGGUUGCUAGAAAAGCAGAUCCAGCAAAUGGCGGACAGCGCUGCAGCAGAUAUGGACAAGCUGCUGGCAGCGAAGACCAAGGAGCUGCUUGGAUAAGCGCCGUCCCUACGGACACACUCCCCCCUCGAGCAGGAGCGGACUGCCGUGCACCCCAGUGGCCAUCCUGCCCGGAGUCAGCGGCCUCAGGCGAUGAGCAGGGGCAGCUCUGCCAG